AUGGCAUUUCAUGUUGCUGCAAAAGCUUAUAACAUGGAAGAUUUUGAGAAAUACAUGAAGGACUUGGACAAUUUACAUGAAGGAAUUCGACCUUUUCUGGUCAAUGAGGUUAAAUAUGAAAAGUGGGUAAGAAUCUACUCCAAAAGUUGUAGAUAUGCAGCUAUGACUUCAAACAUAGCUGAAUCCAUUAAUGCGGCACUAAAAGAAAUGAGAGAGCUUCCAGUAACAACAUUAAUUGAGUGUCUUAGAAACCUCAUUCAAAAAUGGAGCUACAACAACAAAAAAGAGGUACAAGGAACCUUUACAGACUUGCCAAAGAAACAAGAUGAAUACUUAAGAAAGAACUUUGUCAAAUCACUAAAAGUGACUGUUGACUCAACUAGCACACUCAUUUACAGUGUACACAGUGGUUUAACAACAAACACUGUAAACAUUGCCAAGAAAUCAUGCACUUGUAACAAGUUUGAUUUGAAUGAAUCACUUUGUGAACAUUCCACGAUAGUCAUUAGAAAGAUGAACCUUCAGUAUAGAACAUACUGCUCAUAUUACUUCACAAAACAAGCCAUGUUGAACACCUAUAAUGCAUCAAUACAUCCAUUGGGAGAUCCAAAAACGUGGAGAGUUCCACCUGAUGUUGAGGAAAUUGAAGUACUACCUUCAAAGGGAAAUAGAAAAAGUGGAAGGCCAAGGAAAAAGAGGUUUGUUUCAGGAAGAGAAGGUCUUAUCAGCUUGAAUAUGGAAGGUGUGGAGAGUUUGGGCUCAAUCGGAAAACUUGCACGAACCAACCUCUAUUGA